ACCGAAGUAAUCGAGAAUAGGCAUCGCAGUGAACGCAGCGAGACAAUCAUUUACGCAUCGCACUUAAAAAUCACCGCAGUUAAAAAUGAUGGCCAGAAUCUUUGUUCUCAUUGGCGCCCUCGUGGCCGUCUCUUCGAUCUGUUCCGCCCGCGCCGGAGCGAUUCCUGCAGCGAUCCCGGCAAUUCCAGCGGCGCCGGCGGUGCCAGCAGCUCUGACAGUCGGUACCUACGCCACGAGUUACAAUGCACAUGCCAUCAAUCACGCCAUUGCCGCUCCAUACGUAGCGGCUGCGCCAUUGGCUUAUUCCGCUUAUUCCGCUUAUCCCGCUCUACCGGCCGCGGCUUAUUCGGCUUAUUCGGCUUAUUCCGCCCCUAUCAUCGCCGGAAGACGCUAAAAACAGCUG